AUGGCCGACGUCAUCGACCUCCUUGAGGAGGCCGUGACGGAGCUAAAGGAAGGGAAAAUGCCCUCCUCAGACCUUCUCCAGGGUCUCCUAACCAAGGGCCUGAGCUAUGGCCUGGUGCUGGGGGGCGCCAUCGUCAAGCUGCCGCAGCUCAUCGCGGUGGUCUCCGCGGGCAGCGCGGACGGCAUCGCGCCCAUGGCCGUAGAGCUCGAGACCGUCGCCACGACGGUCCAGUCCGUCUACGCCGUCGGCCUCGGGCUCCCGUUUUCCGCAUACGGCGAGUCUGCGCUGCUCACCGCGCAAAACGUCCUGCUGGCGCUUCUGGUGUACCACUUCUCGAAGCUCCGGGGUCGCCUGCUGCUCGCGGCGGCGAUCUUCGCGGCCUUCCUGGCCGCGUGGGCGCUCGGACAUGUGCCCGCGGCGGCGGUGCAACUGAUGUAUGAACUGAACAACCUCACAGUGAUAUUCUCGCGCGUGCCGCAGAUAUACCAGAACUACAAGGCGGGGAGCACGGGGCAGCUGUCGGGGAUAACGACGGGGUUGAUGACGGCCGGGGGGCUGGCGCGGAUCUUCACGACGAUCAAGGAGGGCGGGGGCGCCGCCAUGGUGCGCGCGUACGCGAUCGGGGCGACGCUCAACUUGAUUCUGCUCACGCAGAUCGUCGUCCUCGGCGCGGGCAAGAAGCGGGCGCCCAGGGGGAAGCAGGCAAAACGCGGGCGGCCGAAGCAGCUCUAG